UAUUUAGUAUACCUUAAUUUAUCCUAUAAAAAAUUGCCGAUUGCCGAUCGACCGCGAAGCUGGAGUAAGCUUUACACAGCUGCUAUGGAGGACAACACAGAAACGGGUGCAAAAUACGAUCGCGGUGACGACGCUAGUAAUGCUAACGCAGCCCUUAUCAAUUCAUUCUGCGAGAUCACCUCCUCCUCCAAGGAAGAAGCCCUCUUCUUCCUCGAGAGUCAUCAAUGGAAUCUCGACUCCGCCGUCUCUACUUUCCUUGACAACAACAAUACUAUUCAUGACAAUAUCGACCCUGUUUCGCUUCCCACCGCUCCUUCAGCUCGUGCUGCUAACUCUUCCUCCCCUUCUUCCUCGCCUUCGGAGUCUCACUCUCCCAAUUACUCUCCCUCGCAGUCCCCGUCACGCUCUCGCUCCCGCUCUCCUUCUCCGUCGCCGUCUCGGGCUUCUUAUCGGCUUCGAUCGAGGGGUAAGAAGCCGGCUAAGGCCGUGGCUGGUGGGAGUACGGCGCGUGGAGGGAUUCGCACGCUUGCUGAUCUGAAUCGGACGCCUGAGGUUGCAUCAGGAAGUGAUGACGACGACGAUGAUGAUGAGCGACAGCAGUAUUACACUGGUGGCGAGAAGAGUGGAAUGCUGGUCCAAGACCCUACCAAAAGAUAUGACGCAGAUGCCGUUUUUAGUCAAGCUAGACAUUCAGGAGCUGUGGAAAGGCCUGCUAAUUACCAGCAGUCUUCUUCAAGUUCAAGAAGCUUCACUGGAACAGGGAGAUUACUCUCAGGUGAGACAGUUCCAUCUGCUCCUCAACCACCUGAGGUUGUUAAUCACACUGUCACUCUCUGGAGGAAUGGUUUUACUGUAGAUGAUGGACCUUUGCGAAGGUUUGAUGAUCCCGCAAAUGCAUCCUUUCUGGAGAGCAUCAAGAAGUCUGAGUGUCCCUUGGAGCUUGAGCCAGCAGAUAGGAGGACUCAGGUCCAUCUUGAUCUCAUGAGGCGCGAGGAUAACUUCUCUGAACCAGAGAAACUCCAAAUUCCAUUCAAAGGUGUGGGAAGAAUGCUAUGUAGCAGCAGUAGCAGAGUCACCCCAGCUGCGUCCAAUCCAAGUUCUUCCACUACUCUGAGUAAGACUGUUCCAUCGCCAGCUAUAGGCCUAACUGUAGAUUCUUCAGCACCAACUACUUCAAUUCAGCUUAGGUUAGCAGAUGGUACACGCAUGGUUGCACGCUUCAACUUACAUCAUACAAUCAGAGAUAUUCGUGACUUCAUUGAGGCAUCAAGACCAGGAGGGGCAAGAAAUUACCAACUGCAAACAAUGGGAUUCCCUCCCAAACAACUCACAGAUCCAGAGCAGACAAUAGAGGAGGCUGGCAUAGCAAGUUCUGUUGUUAUACAGAAAUUCUAAACAGAUGCUUAAUUAUUUACUUUCUUGCAUACAUUACUGAUAUAUUAGGUUCUAUUUCCUUCUAUUAAGGGAGCCGGUGGAAGUUAAACACUAAUUAGUUUGAAUGUGUUUUCUUCCCCUCUCUGUCUUCUUCCUGCCGAGUGAAUGUUUUCAUUGAAUAACUACAUAAGGUUUAAUUCAAACAAGGGAAUCUUGGAAUCCA